UUAUUUGAAUUGCACAAGUAUCACGGUCUACAGUAGAUGGAUGAAAAAAUUUUACACGCAUUUUAACUACGAUAUCAAUUCAUAAACAAAAAUUACGUAUAUUAUCACAGGCAUGUUUAUUGUAUGCAGCAUUGAAAUUGAUCAUUUCCAUCUAAUCCGAAUCGAUCACCAGGAUUUUUUUGAUCACGCAUUCAAAAUUUUACCCGAUGAAUUGCUCUUGUCAUUAUUACUAUCAACAUUGAUUAUUAUAAUAAUAACGACAACGGUGAUAAUGUUUAUAAUUAUGAUAAUGUGACCUCUAAUAUCAUGUGGACUAUACGUAUUGCAUCAUUCAAAUGAUUGUUGUUUGCUGAAUUUAUUGUUAGUUUCGACAUGUGUUACCUACGAUUAUUGGUGGUAGAUUUUUACCACUAGAAGGAGAAGGGAAGACUGUGACAUGUAAACCAGAAUUCCUGAUAUUCAGAUUAAAAAAACCAACUGACGACAGUAUUGAGAACAUGGAUUGGAUUACAAUAGUUCAUUAGACGAGUUGAAUUCAGGAUAAUAUUUUUACCACGUAUCGGCCUGAUGUUAAAACCGUUGUCAAACAUCCCGCGAUUCACUUGUAAACGACAAUAAUAGUAUGUUAUUCUAAUUUUUUAAUAUUUUAUGAUGGCUCGUUGAAAAUUUCAAAUCUCUUUAUAUGAAUACUUGAAUUCAAACUUGGCCGCCAACCUUUCGCGAUGUGAUUGGGCCAGGAAAACAAUCGACUCUACGCGUGAUCAUUAGUUCUCGAAGGUUCGAGGUGAACGGCGGUAAGCAACUACGCGUCUGAUUAUUUUAGAAGUUUUUUUCGUUGAAAUAUUUCGGAAGAAAUACUGUAUUGUUACGAAUUUUCUAUCUACGACUCGUUCCAUUGAAUUGGGACAAGUGUGGACCCGCUGGUGACCUUUGACUAACAGCGGUCAAGCUACAAAUAGGUGGGCUACUGUGGAUGAAUUUUUGCGGUACAAUCCUGGAGAAGUGGAUCCAACGCUCCAGUGUGUUUCUCAAAGUGAUUCUGUGCGGUGCGGUGAAAUGUGAGUGGACUCGAGUAGUGCGUUAAAAUUUACAAAGACACCAGUGGUGCAGUGUGAUGUGCAAAGACUCAAACAGUGAGGACAUUUUCAUGAACAGUGAGGCAGCAGGCAUGCAGAGGAUGGGUCUCCAGUAUGCAGUGAAUCCAGAAGAAGAAAUUCAACUUCGGCAGAGUUGGCAAGUCGCAUGCUUUAAAUUUGCUGUCUAACUUUCCUCAAUCUUUUCUAUCGCGUGGCAUGGCGGUACCAAUGUUUAUUUUUGUGUAACCUGUUGCAUAACUUAGAUUGCCUAUUCAAGUUCUUAAUUGGAUUCAUUAAUUUGCUUGUUCUUUAUUCAACAUAUUUGAGUAAUUGCUUUCAUUUGACUAAAACAAGAGUUAACGUAGUCGACAUGUCAUCUUGAGACAUGCAGCUUAAUUCUGCAAAAGAUUAUAAGAUAUUCAGAUACUAUAUUAAUGUUUUUACAAUCAACUCAAAGCUUGCAAACUUUGGAUAGGAUGUACUAACCCGUUCCUUCCCUACAGUGAAACUCAUCAUAGUAAGUCCUGACCACGUUGUAUGAUUGAUCGAGUAAGUGUGUUGAUGAGAAUGUGUAUCGAAAUUAAAUAUAGGUGAAUAGGUAGGAAAGGGUAGACCGGGUGUUGUGUGUGAGUCAAGCGAUUUGUGUGCUUUUAAUUUAUAAAAACCCCGAGUUGAGACUGGGGAGUUGGGAACGUCAGGCUCAACUUUGGGGUUCGAUUAGAUCCGUCCGUUUUAUUGGGGGGUAAAUAGGCGUAAUGGUAGGCAGGACUCGUGCUCGGUUAGGCAGGUAGUUUGUAAGCGCGUGCGCUCAUUCGUUCCACAGCGUCCCACAAUUGCAACUAUUUGGCAUUAAUUAUUUUUAUUAACACCACUCAUUGUUCCCAAAAUCACACAUUUUCCAAUAGCUUUUUUAUAUCCAGUCUCAAGAUCUAUAAAACUUGCUCUUUGUCAGUUAAUUGAUUCUCAGAUUCUUGCUUAGAAUAGUCGAGUCACUUAUGCUUGAAUAACUUAUUGUAAGUCUUAGCUUCAAAAUAAAAAAUGUAGAGCCAAGCGAUUGUGGGACUGGGCAACAUGCUCUCUCUUGUCUCGGUGCUAACGUGGAGCACUGAGUCGAGGAGGGAUGCUGAGCCUGAAGCCAUCAUCUGGAAGAGGAUCGCCGACCGUCAUGCCACCAAUUCUCUAUGCUUUCACUCUUUUCUUUUCCUUUUCCUUGUCUCUAUCAUUACAUAGUUAAAUGAAUCUUUCUUAUUGUUUUAUGCAUCUGUUUGCGUAGUUGAGAGUCUCGCAGCUGGUUUGUGUGUGAUUAGAGCUCAGACUCGAACUUUGCAUCUUCUUCCAUCAUAUACUCACGUUCAUUUGCUGAAUGUUUCAGGUCUUCUAGUGAGAGGAUUUAGCCUGCCAGAGAUCUUCAGUUAGAAAAUACAUGGCUUACACGAAUAUCUCAAACUAAUCUCAAAUGCUGUAUGUUGCAGGUCUACUAGUGAGCGGGGUCUUUGUCGAUGAAGUCCUCGGAUAAGACAAAUUUUUGCUUCAUUAUUAUUUCCAUACUAAUCACAUCUGCUAUAUGUUUCAGGGCACCGCAGUGAGCGGGGUCUUCCUCAGAGAAGACCUCGAGGCAAUGGAUGUACACCGAGCAGUAUUUCUGUUGUGAUCGGAAAUGAAAUGUUUUAGGUGUUGGAGUUCCUGAGAAAGCCUCAAAAUGUUAAUAACGAGGAUGACAUCAGAUGACCUACUACAUUGCUAUGACUUAUUGACAAUACCUCUGAACGCAGUCACUGCAAUGGCGCCAUCCCCUGGGGUUUAAUACCGCAUUGAACGAUCUAUUCAACGAAUUACAAGUGUUAUAAGCAACGCGAUAUCCAGUGAUAAGUGAAAAAAUAAAAUAAUCACGCUUCAAUUCAGAAGAUCAAAGAUCGUGUCUAGUGAACGUGGUUGAGAUUUACUUCCAUCGAAUUUCGAACAGGAACAAAUGAUGUCCUCAAAAAUACUUGGGUGUUGUAAUCCCACGACUCUCUCAAGAUGCAAGAAUAUAUUAAGAGGCAUCAGAGAAACUUCUAGGCAAACUAAUAAAUAUUAUUCCUCCAAUUGUGAGAAGAAACCUUCCACAGUUGCGGAGAUUGUUAAACAUUGGAGUCACCGAUUCGAAAAUGAAGGGAUUUCGGAGCCAGUCGAAUCAAUUGAGCACAUUCUGGCUCACAUUCUUGGAACAAGAAAGAUAAUGGACUUGGCCAACAUCCCCGAACAACAGCUUUCCGAAGAUCAAGUCAGCAAACUUCUUGCUUUAUGCGAGUGCAGAAUGUCUAGAAUGCCGGUUCAAUACAUUAUUGGCGAAUGGGACUUUAGAGAUAUUACUCUUAAGAUGAUACCUCCGGUGUUCAUACCAAGGCCAGAGACAGAGAUUCUUGUUGACAUCGUACUGAGGCGUAUUGCUGCAAUGAAAACAGAAUGUUGUAAAAUUCUGGAUAUUGGUUGUGGCUCUGGAGCCAUUUCCUUAGCUCUUGUUCAUGCAAAUAAUAAGAUAAAAUGCACAGCAAUAGACAGAAGCUUGUAUGCCUGCCAUUUGACAAAGCAAAACGCAGAAGCUUUAGGGCUCCAGGAUAACAUGGAGAUUCUAAAUGCUAUUCUGCGUGAAAAUGGAGAAAUCAAAUUACUUAACACUGUUGAAAAAGCCCCAAAGAUUGAGGAGGAGCAGUUUGACAUUAUUGUCAGUAAUCCGCCAUACAUACCAACUGGAAAAUUACCAGACUUAGCUCCGGAAAUUAAAAUAUAUGAAGAUCUGCGAGCAUUAGACGGUGGUAAAGAUGGUUUAAACACCAUCAAGGCUCUAAUGAAAUAUGCGUCAAAAGCACUGGUCCCCUCAGGCCUGCUUUUUAUGGAGGUUGACCACUUGCAUCCUGAAUAUAUUGAAUUCUUUACCAAGAAAUACACCAAACUCAAUCUGUUCCAUGAACACAUUUACAAAGAUUACUGUUGCAAUGAUAGAUUUGUUGAAUUAUCGAAAUUACAGUAAAGUUAAUAAUUAGUUACUUGUUAGAAUUCCUAAUUUUAAGCUUGCACUGAAACGGUUUUUGUCAACGAAGUUAUAGACAAAAUUUAUAUUUCCUAUCAUUGCACGCAUGAAUCUUCUGAUCAUGGGUAAUUAAUAAUCUUCAAUAAAGAAUCGUUUUCUUAUA